AUGGGACGUCGGUGGCUUAACACACUUCUUUUACUAUAUUUGUUCCACAAAGUAACUCAGGGGUUUAAUUAUAAAUGUGAAAUGCUUGAAGAACAGACAUGCUUGGGUACCAAGUUGAUGUACAACUUCACAACUUUAGAGUUGGUCACUGAUUCUCCAACACAACAGGCCGCUAAGGAGAAACUUGGAGAAUGGAAAGGCCUAAAGUUUUUAUCAAAAUGUUGGGCAGUUCUACAGCCGUUAUUAUGCCAGGUUUAUAAACCGAGAUGUCAAAACAGCACUGUUAAAUUGCCUUGUAGAGAGCAAUGCUAUGCUACCAGAAAACCUUGCGAGGUAGUUGAACGCUACCAUAAAAAAUGGCCGGACUUUUUACAGUGUGAUCGAUUUCCACCGGGAAAUUGUGAUGGUGGAUCGGUAAGUAAUCAUCUAAAGUGUAAGAUAUUUAAACCUCUAAAAUCCUAGGGGUAAGCGAGAUACCCUGAAGAUCAACGAAUUAGAAGAAAUGAAAGCGUCUAGGACAAGGGUAACCUUAAACUUACUUUCGAGUCAAAAGAUGAACAGUUUCCCUAUGUAGCAGAAAAAACUUUGCAGACUCUGCCUUAUGGGGAAAUUAUGACCUAAUUCACGCUAAACUGUUCCUCGAUAACUUUCCAAAUUCAAGUCAUAUUAAUUUCCAAUACCAUUCAAAGCGAAAGGAUUGUGUACAUAACAUUUCAAUGCAACUGAAAGCGAAAGGAUCAUGUACAUAACAUGUCAAAAAUAAGGAACGUGACACAGGAGAUCAGGGUAAGACAAGGGUUAAACAGCAGCUUCCACCUUUUUUCCGUCGCAGAUACAUGUACAGGCGAUACGUAAUGUACAUUUUGGAGCCACUCCACUUCAGAAUGUAAAUUAAAUUUUAUUUCCAGAUAAGCUGUACAGAACACUGCUAAGAAAUUUUCAUGCUGAUAAUUUUACAGUCAAAACAUAAACAAUAACGUCGCAACUUGAAGAAGAUCAGUUAUCUAGUUGGCCAACUAUGAUGUUUUGACAUUCUGUGAUCAUUGAAUACUAUAUAUUCAAUUUAGAAGUCCUCUGGCACGUUAGGCCAACUUUUUCAAGUUUUAUUGCCAUGCCUGCAAAAAAUCACCAAGAAAUUAUUAAUGAUGAAUCUUCUUUCACAACUCUACAUGAGCAUUUUGGGCAGGGAAAAGGGCACUUAGCUAUGACUUUAGCAUAGAAUCACCUUAACAGAAUUAAUUUGUAAGCAAAUAAACUAAAGAAUAUAACCUCACUAAAAUAUCUAUUGUUUUGUUUUUCUCAGUGUUGUUGUUGUUAUAUUUCUUCAUGGUAAGGACCAAAGGAACCCAAUGAUACUAUCCUCUAAACAUGUGAAAAGUGGACAAUUUCCCUUUUUGCCAAUUCCCCUGUCAUCAAUCCCAUCCCAACCUACCAACCUUGUUGCCAGGGUUCUCUCCUACUUGUCCCUAUGGAGCAAGAAAGGUUAGGAGAGAGAACCUGGGAACCAGGUUGCCCAACUUACAUAAUAAAGUUCAUCAAACAUAGUUAAUGAGCACACCAAUUAACACAUACCGUAAAAUUCUGAAAAGGCCUUUUUUGAGGGGCUUAUUUUUGGGGGGGCUUAUAUUCGGAGGGGCUUCUCUAUGGAGGAAAAUUUGCGUUUAUGAAUCGAUUGGACUAGCCUUAUAGUUCGACGUAAACUUACCGUUUUUGCUUUGUUUUACUUUGUAUUUGAGCGCAAUUUUCCAAGUACAAGCCCGCAGGGAGCUUUUUUUUGGAGGGGCGAUUUAACAGAGGGUUUUUUGUGUCACCGGUUUGGGGGGCCUAUAUUAAUUUUUGGAGGAGCUUAUACAUGGAGGGGCUUAUUUUCGGAAUUUUGCGGUAUGUCUAAAUGGCAAAGAAGGACAGUUUAUGACAGAUGUUAUUCAUCUAACAGUUAUCCACAAAAGUGUGAAAUUUACUUUCAGGUAAAAAAGUUAGAGCUCAAUGAGUCUGCAUGUAAGCGACCCCUGGUAGAGACAGAGCAUAAUUCAAGCUGGUAUGAGGGGAUAGAGGGCUGUGGAAUACAGUGUGAGAACCCCAUAUUUACAACUGUGGAACACACAAGAAUUCAUAGAUUUGUGGGAGCAUUUGGAAGCCUGUCAUUUAUAUGCAGCCUUUUUACUAUGGUAUGUCAUCAACCCUCUCUUAUAACGGCCCCCUCUACGCGUGGAGUUGGUACCUGCCUUUCUUUUAAGUUGACUUUCUAUGAUUUGAAUCAAAUUGUAAAUAUUUUCAUUAUACACUUAAGAAUAAAAAUUAGCAAAAAGAGUUAGACACAAUGUCUUGAUGUUAAGUCUGAUUUUAUAUAUAUUUUUUAUCUUGUCACUUGAUAAUGACGUCAUGGUGACAUUAAUUUCUUUUAUUUUUUGCUAGAUCACAUUCCUAAUUGGAUGGAAGUCACAGAAUCGCUAUCCAUCAGUAAUUCUGUUUUACAUGAAUGCUUGUUUCUGUGCUGCUUCAAUGGGUUUUCUUAUCCAGUUCACUGAUGGAGCUAGAAAUCGUACAGUUUGUCGCAGAGAUGAUACAAUGAGACUUCAGGAACCGAGGUAAAUUUUUAGCAAAAACCAUGUGUACUCUGUACCUUAAUAAAUUACCUUAAAAAACCCCAAAGCACUGAGUCUACCCUAACUGAAACCUGAUUGAGAUGCUCUCAGGGGAAGGUGCUUUUUUGAAAGUUUUUAUAUGUAGCAGGAACAAAGUCAUGAAUCACUUUUCGACAAUGUUUUGCUUAAUUUUGGUUCUUUUAGGCUAGAUGGUGACCAGAAAACAGCUGUAUGGAGCAACCAACUGCUAGUUAGUCUCAUAUAAACAGGCAUUUUUAGGGGAGUUGUAUUUCCAGAUCAUUUGAGCUUUCUGGGCAACUGACCACCUACUCCUCCCCUAAGUCAACAUUAACACUUACUUCUCACUUGGGGCAAAAUUUUGACUUGGGGAGGAGUAGGUGGUCAGUUACCCAGAAACCUCAAAUGAUCCUUAUUUCCUUUCUCCUGUAGUGGGGGAGAAAAUACUACUCCCCUAAAAAUGCCCAGUGGGAGGGUGGGUAACUGCCAGCUGCUGCAUCAGCCAAAUAACUCUUCCUAACUGUUGAUUACCUUUUUCUUCCAUGCAGUGAGGAUGACUGUUUCCUGUGUAUAUUUACAUUUGUCUUGGUUUACUAUUUCUCUAUGGUGGGUGCUGUGUGGUUUGUUAUCCUCUCUUAUUCCUGGUCAAUCUGCUUCAAAUCCCUGGGUAGCACAAGAGACAACUUUGCUGGUAAAGUGGUUUAUUUUCAUGCAGUAGCCUGGAUUCUUCCUCUGACCUGGACAGUCAGCAUUCUUGCACUAAAACAGGUACAAUCAGACAUGUGAGUGGGAGGUGCCUCAAUUGAAGCUUCAAGUGACUUCUGAUUACAGCUAGACUCUCCUUCAAAUGUAACUCAAAGGGAGAAUUUGAGACAUAUAUUAGUCAAAAGUCACUUAAAGCCUUAUUAAAUGCACUCCGUUGUUAUUACAAAUUUCUUAAGGCCAAUUUAUGUUACAACUUUUGUCACAUGCAUCUGUGCUUAUGAUGAUGAGUUGUACCAUGUAAGUCAAACCUAUGACAACUGCAGUUUUUUAUAUCCUGUAGGUUUGAUUUACACAACUCAGGUCACAGGCUUUGACAAUGAUGUCAGAUGCAAAAAUGUUGCAUUUAAAUCAGUCUUACAAGUAACUUUAACGGUAAUCACAUACUCAGUGAUUACUGUUAAACCCAGCAUCACUAAUAAAGUGCUAACCGAUUUUGAAUUGCCACUUUUAAAAAAAUAAUAUUGGUGAUUGUGGGAGUAGGCGUGGGGUGGAGUAAAGGGGGGAAGGAGGAGAGGUGGGAAGGGGUAUUAAUGUAGUUGUGACAGUUUGUUAAUAUUACCAUUGAACUUAAUAUUUUAUUUGCAGGUUGAUGCAAAUUCACUAAGUGGAAUCUGCUUUGUUGGCUACAAGAAUUCCAGAAUGAGAGUGGGUUUUUUGUUGGUACCCUUGGGUACUGAUUUACUAAUUGGAGGACUCUUUUUGAUAAAAGGUACAAUGUUGUAGUUUUUAAGAAGCUUUGUCAGAAUUUAUUAAAUAUGGCUUUGAAACCAUAAUAACAUUGAAAUCAGAUAAAACCUAGCCUCCUUUUCAGGCAACUCCUUUUGCAAUGGUUACACUGACCAUGAGGAAUCUGAGGACGAGAAAAGGAGAAAAAAAUUGUUCUCUAAAAGAGGACAGUGAAGCCUGCGGAGGAGCCUAAAUAAAACCCCAAAAAAUUAAUAAUGAGUCAAUUUUAUUUAAAAUCAACCAAUUUUCUACCUACACUAUGAAUGCAUGCCCUUUGCUUUGCAAAAUCAGGAAGGAAAUGGAUUUGCAACGUGAAAAAGUUGGACCCACUUUUCCAAGUUCAACCCUUGUAUUGUGAAAAAACAAACAAAAACUGACAAGGUUUUUACUUUAAUGAUGCAUUAGAGCAGCUGAAAACUAAUUUUCAUACAAAUUCAAAAAGGUUCUUGGUUUUGUGAUUGAGUAUGCUUGAAUUUCUUAGCUUUUGCAUGACAGCCAAGAGAGGUUGAUUGGCAUGAAACUGAACUCAGAAGACCAGCAAUAAAAAAAGAUGACCAAGGUUUCAGCCCAGCUUUGGCUCAAAAAAGUGCAUGACCAUGACAUACAUUGUAGCUCUUUUGAAGUAUAAUUAAGAAACAAAGAGAUCUCCUAAAGAUGGACACGAAUAUCAUUUUUUUAAAUUCAUUAAGUCUAUGUAUGGUAUGUUCUGAUGGGAAUAGACCUUUGUCACGCGGCAGCCACUUUGUCUCAGGAGAUUUAAAAAGCUUUGUUUAUGCACGUCUAGCCUUGAGAGAGAACGAGGCUAGCCAUACAUAGACAAAGCUUAUAUCUCCUGAGACAAAAUGGAUGCCAAGUGACAAAGGUCUAAAACUACUUACCGUAUAUCUCAUCAGCAGCAUCAUCAUCAUCUUCAUUUCAAGUCUUCUCAGGCUACAACAUUGCACCAUAUGCCACUAUCUAUCAAAUAUUGCCCUCAACACUGCAGCAAAGAUAAGACAUACAGUGUGUAUGUCCCGUUUGAGAGCAUUGGUGUAUGUUUUUGUUUGCCUCCCUUGCAAAGCCUGACCGUGUUCAGAUCUUCGUCUUUUACCUAUUGUUACUCUAAUUUCCUUCUUUUGGUAGGAGUUGCAACUCUCUUUAAGUUACGAAGAUCAAAUCCCACUCUUUUAAGCAGCAGAGCAUCUUACAAAAUAAAGGAAACUAUAAUAAGAGUAGGUAAGAAGAAAAGCUGUGAUUUAAACUGUUUGUUGUCAACUAUCAAAAAUCCUAUGGCUCGAGGCAUAUAUUUUGUCAGCAUUCUAUUACAUGUAUAAGUGAUCUGAUAUGUCAAACCCUUUUUUUUCAACCAUGGGUAAGUCUGUCUUUUUCCUUCAGCAGGUAAACCUUUAUCAUCUUAAUUCUGCAUUAUCUGCUAUUAUGCAAACUGCUUGUUGCUCUUAAUACAUUACCCAACCAUUCACUUCCUUGUGAUUGGAUGUACCUUCUCUCUCUCUCUGUUUAUUUUUUUCCUUUUUCUUUUUUUCAAAAAGGUUGUUUGAAAACAGUCUGUGCAAAUAAUGAUUUUUUUUUAUGCUUGUUAGGUAUCUUUUCCUUCAUCUCAUUUUUGACAGUCUUCACAACUUUUGCAUGCCAUGUUUAUGAAUAUCACAACCAGGAAAGUUGGGAAAAAAGCUACUUUAACUUCAUCAAGUAAGUGCAGGAAUUGUGCUGUUAGUUAAUACCAUUGCCAACUCGGGAUUUAUCUAAGAUAACUACAAUCUAGUUAAAUUGGAUGAGUUUUGGCAAAAAAAAAUCCUUUAGUGACUUCUGGGAAACAGCAAUAGUUUUUCCUCCAAAACUCUUUUGACUGGGCUUCUAAAAUAAAAUGACAGGGAGUUUUUUGUGUCAGAUCAAAGUCCCUCAUAGCCUAUAUUCCAUGAACCAAUUCAAUAAAUCAUAAAUUAAUCUUAACCUUUGGUAAGAUUUACCGUAUUUAUUCGACUAUAAGCCGAGCGAUUUUUACACAAAUUAAAACUGAAGUGAAUUAAAAUUUGGGCUCUAGAGGGGGUCUCGGCUUAUAGCCGAGAUCGGCUUAUAGUCGAAUAAAUACGGUAAUAACAUAUUACCCGGGUUGUCAGAAAGUUUUGAAGUAGAUGGCUGAGUUGUCAAAGUAAGCGGCCAGUCCAGGGAUAUAUACAUAAAAAACGCCAUCCACAAAGAAAUGCCAAGCAGAGUAGCUGGCCAAUGCUAACCAAGUAGGCAGCGAUUUUCGCCGGCAACCCGCUACUUUUGACAACCCUGCAUUACCAUUAAAAUAGUAAUGUUACGUUACUCUUACCUGCUGUACACUUUCCUUUCAAAGGUGUAUUGCAGAGAAAGCUGUUGAAGGACUAACAUGGAAGUCACACUGUUCAGUUAGCGACCGUCCUAAUCUAGGAGUUAUUGAGCUUGAAUUGGCUUCAUUAUUUGGCACUGGAAUUGCUAUGAGCAGCUGGACUUGGACAUCAAAUACAUUGCAGACCUGGCAAAAGUUAUGGCGCAGGUCAUUAUUAAUAGUAACAUACUGUGCUGGGUUUAAUUUGCAGGCCAGUGCAGAUGUGGCUGCUACUGAAGAUGUUAGGAUUAUGGCCUGGGUCCAAGUUUUAAGACCUUAGUCACAGCUACAAAUAAAACCCUUUAGCUUGCGAAAACAGAUGUCUCUCCUCAUCUCUAGAGACAUCAAAGACGGAACAUCCCUAGCCAUGAAGAAUGAGGAGGGAGGAGAGAGGGCUGUUUGCGCAGGCUAAAAAUCCCUGGAUUUGGAGUAAUCCCAACAUAAAAAUAUUGCCCUCUGAUGGCUUGUGAAACAUUAGGUAAAUUUGACUUUACGCCACAGGUCACUCAAGGCUUGCACCCGUUCCAGCCUUAAUGUACAAGGCUCAAUCACUUCCCAUCUUAUUUCCUUGUUACUGUGAUUUUUCUCUAAGAAAGUACACUUGUAUAGCAGAGGUCCAAAAUAGAGGCUGCUUGUAAUAUUAGACCUCUCCAUUUAAGUACUGAGAAUUCAAAUAUAUCUUUGUGCAGAGAUAUUUUCAUCUUAAUCAGUAAUAAUGUGUUGACAGUAUUUGGCCUCUGCAAUCUCUCUGUACUUCAAGUGUGCAAUGACUGAAAAAAACCAUCAUGCAGGAAAUCGUCAAAACUCACAGUAAACUCUUAUUAUUCGUGCAGGAUAACACGGAAACGCAGGCAUCCAGAACUUAGUCACUACAAAACUAUCAGGAGAAUGAAAAAUAAAAUAGCGUAAGUACAUUUAUUCUACUGUUAACAAUUGCAGUGCAUUAAUGUAUGGAAAAUGGGUGCCUGGGAUGUCUGGGGACCUCUAAUGUCACCAGCUGGCCCCUAGACGGAGACCCCCCGCCCCUGGCUGGCAAUCCUCGCAACCCAGCCAUGACCCCCGCAGCACACAGAGUCUUCCAGGCAAUAGUCAAACUGAUUUUAUGGUGGAAAAUAAAGGGAUGGGAAGGGGCAUGAAAAAUGAAAACAAACAAUGCACUCCUCAGAAAAGAACUGAAAAUGUGCUUUGGAGCUACAACUUAGAAAGCUGGGAGCAAGUGCUGAACUCUGCUGCUGCUGACUGCCAUGACCAUAUCAGUUGCUCUUUGUUGUUAACUCAGUUAAAUUUCCUUUCACUGCAUCAGAGUCUUGGUUAACUUACUUUAUUAUAUGGUUAGUUGAUACACAUCCUGUGUGACUGGUUAAUUUAUUAAACCCUUGCUUCAUAAUAGUGAACAAAAGAAAACUUUGCAAAGGAACAACGACCUUUCUUUGAGUAAAUCCCUUAGAAUAUAAUCUUUAAUAGUACCAUGCAAAUGUUCUAAUGUAGAAAUUCUGCAAUUUCUAAAGUCGUUGUGAACUACUGACAGUAGGUAUUCUAAGCAAAAUAAUAGCCUGGGGAAAUAGCAUAAUUUGCUGCAUCAAAGUUGACAAUUUUUUCACACCUUAUUAGAAGGCCUGCAUUCUGUUGAGUGAUUACUGACAUGUAAAAUGGUUUCUGUUUAUAUUCCAGCCCUGCCGUUAUAUAUCCUGUCAUUCCCGACCCACAUAUACAACUGGAUGGAAUUAAAAAAGCAGAGGAAACCAUUCAAGCUUGUGGCUUAAAUAAGAAACAAAGUUACCAGCAUGAAGAAGAGGAUGAUGAUGAUCAAGAACCACUAAGACUUAAGAGUUUUUCAGAAUGGACACCUCAAGAAAACACUAGUUAACAAAUUUAAUACGUUGUGAUUUCAAUGUGUCUUUGUAUUUUGUCUACACUACAAUAGACCACUGUAACCUCCAGAGUAAAGACUAUAUUCAAAUCACAACGGGU